UGGGUGGGUGUGGCUGACAUCGGCAGCCCGUCCUCAAACUGGUCGGAUAGGGCCCAUCGGCGCGCUUCCUGGUGUCACCCGCAGAGGGCUCUGGCCCCAGAGCCACUCGCAGAGUCGCGAGGCCGGAAGGAGCGCGGCGCUAUCGCAUUCGCCCCAGCCGCCGCCAUGAAAGCCGUAGUGCAGCGCGUCACCCGGGCCAGCGUCACAGUUGGAGGAGAGCAGAUAAGUGCCAUUGGACGGGGCAUCUGUGUGUUGCUGGGUAUUUCUCUGGAAGAUACACAGAAGGACCUAGAGCACAUGGUCCGAAAGAUUUUAAACUUACGUGUGUUUGAGGAUGAGAGUGGGAAGCACUGGUCGAAGAGUGUGAUGGACAAACAGUAUGAGGUGCUGUGCAUCAGCCAGUUCACCCUCCAGUGUGUCCUCAAGGGGAACAAGCCCGACUUCCACCUGGCAAUGCCCACGGAGCCGGCAGAGAGCUUCUACAAUAGCUUCUUGGAUCAGUUGCGCAAGACAUACACGCCCGAGCUCAUCAAAGAUGGCAAGUUUGGUGCCUACAUGCAAGUCCAAAUUCAGAACGAUGGGCCUGUGACCAUAGAACUGGAAUCCCCAGGUCCUGGCGCCGCUACUUCUGACCCAAAGCAGCUGUCAAAGCUUGAAAAACAGCAGCAGAGGAAAGAAAAGACCAGAGCCAAAGGGCCUUCUGAAUCAAGCAAAGAAAGAAACGCUCCUCGAAAAGAAGACCGCAGUGCCAGCAGUGGGGCUGAGGGUGACGUGUCUUCUGAACGGGAACCGUAGACUUCAGGGAUGGAACUCAGCACGUUAUCAUUGGGCACAACUGGAUCCUGAAAAAUUCAUGAAAAUUGCUAAGCACCCACACUACUUUAAGAAUUUGGAACUGAAUCGUGAAAAGGAAGACAGAAAUAAGAAAUUGGGAACCUGAAGAGUCCUGCAAAAAAACACCAAAGGAACGUUACCAUUUUAUGUUGUUGCUGUGGUCUAAUAGAGGCAGUGAGUGCUGCCGAUGCAGGGGAACGCACCCCGCACCUGGCAGCGGGGCGUACCCCUGUGCCUCCUCCCCAGGAAGGCGUUGUUUCUUCCCACAUUGUCUUGGCUUGCUUUUGGAACAGGCUGGCCCAAUAUCAUUUGUCAUCGAGUUCUUUCACACUGUGGUUUAUUCCUGUGUGUCCAUGAUCGAUCUUAAAUGCAUUCAUGCUGUCCAUGUUCUUCCCAACACUGGCCAAACCAGGGCCCACGUUAAGGUGUAAAGAGAACAAUCAUCAAUGAUAAUGUAUUGUGUGAGACCUUUGCAUCUUGUAAAUUUUCUCUUUUUUCUAAAAAGAAAUAAUAAUAAAACUCCAAACCUCAAAAAGCCACUUUAUUAUUAAACAAAUCUUCUGU